AUGAUCGCCAAACAACAGUGUGUCCGAGGCGGGUCCCGGGGCUUUAGCUGUGGCUCAGCUGUUGUCGGUGGGGGCAAGAGGGCUGCAUUCAGCUCAGUCUCCGUGUCUGGGGGCACUGGCCGCUGCUCCUCUGGUGGCUUUGGCAGCAGGAGCCUCUACAACCUUGGGGGGAGAAAGAGCAUCGCCAUCAGCAUGGCUGGGUCCCGACAAGGUGCUGGUUUUGGGUCUGCUGGAGGUUUCGGCUCUGGCAGCUUUGGAGCUGGUUUUGGUGCUGGCAACUUUGGUAGUGGAUUUGGGGGUUCCUUCAGUGGAUGGGGUGGUCCUGCCUUCCCUGCCUGCCCUGCUGGUGGGAUUCAGGAGGUCACCAUCAACCAGAGCCUGCUGACCCCACUCCGUGUGGAGAUCGACCCCGAGAUCCAGAAGGUCCGGACUGAGGAGCGGGAGCAGAUCAAGACGCUCAACAACAAGUUUGCCUCAUUCAUCGACAAGGUGCGGUUCUUAGAGCAACAGAAUAAAGUCUUGGAGACCAAGUGGAACCUCCUCCAGCAGCAGACGACCACUACAUCCAGCAAAAACCUUGAGCCUCUCUUUGAGGCCUACAUCAGUGCCCUGAGGAAGCAGUUGGAUACCUUGGUCAAUGACAAAGGACGCUUGCAGUCUGAGCUGAAGACCACGCAGGACAGCGUGGAGGACUUUAAGACCAAGUAUGAAGAUGAGAUCAACAAGCGUGCAGCUGCAGAGAAUGACUUCGUGGUCCUCAAGAAGGAUGUGGAUGCCGCCUAUAUGAGCAAGGUGGAGUUGGAGGCCAAGGUGGAUGCUCUGAACGAUGAGAUCAACUUCUUGAGGGUCCUCUUUGCUGCGGAGCUGUCCCAGAUGCAGACUCAUGUCUCAGACACAUCUGUGGUCCUGUCCAUGGACAACAACCGGGACCUGGACCUGGACAGCAUCAUUGCUGAGGUCCGUGCCCAGUAUGAGGAGAUUGCCCAGAAGAGCAAGGCUGAGGCUGAAGCCCUGUACCAGACCAAGGUCCAGCAACUCCAGAUCUCGGUUGACCAACAUGGUGACAAUCUGAAGAAUACCAAGAGUGAGAUCUCAGAGCUCAACAGGUUGAUCCAGAGGCUGAGGGCUGAGAUUGAGAAUGUCAAGAAACAGUGCCAGACUCUGCAAGCUUCUGUGGCUGAUGCAGAGCAACGUGGGGAGCUGGCCCUCAAAGAUGCCUACAGCAAGUGCACAGAACUGGAGACCGCCCUGCAGAAGGCCAAGGAGGAGCUGGCCCGGAUGUUGCGCGAGUACCAGGAGCUCCUGAGUGUGAAGCUGGCCCUGGAUGUGGAGAUUGCUACCUACCGCAAGCUGCUGGAGGGCGAGGAGUGCAGAAUGUCUGGAGAACGCCAGAGUGCCAUGAGCAUCUCUGUGGUUAGUGGUGGUGCUAGCACUGGGGGCAUCGGCGGAGGAUUAGGAAGCUGUUCUGGAUUUGGCCUGGGCAGUGGUUUUGGCUCUGGCUCUGGAAGUGGCUUUGGGUUUGGUGGUGGUGUUUGUGGCAGUUCUGGCAGCAAGAUCAUCUCUACCACCACUAUGACCAAGAGGUCCCACCGAUAG